CGGUCCCGCAGCACCCUCUGGCCGACUCUGCCAAGGCUAGGGCUUGGGCGGACGGAGCACCGUGCGCAGGCGCCGAGUUAGACCUCGCCAUAGCCCCCAUCGCCUCGGGGAGUCUCAUCCACAGUGGGUCCGCUGGCCCAUCGGGGCGCUUUCCCUCUCCUACCCCCCCGGGUUUCCCGCGCGCCCUACGCGCCCCGAUGGCGGAGCUGCGGCCUAGCGUCGCCCCCGGCCCCGCCGCGCCCCCGGCCCCUGGCCCUAGUGCCCCUCCGGCCUUCGCCUCACUCUUUCCCCCGGGACUGCACGCCAUCUACGGAGAGUGCCGCCGCCUUUACCCUGACCAGCCGAACCCGCUCCAGGUCACCGCUAUCGUCAAGUACUGGUUGGGUGGUCCAGACCCACUGGAUUAUGUUAGCAUGUACAGGAAUAUGGGGAGUCCUUCUGCCAACAUCCCUGAGCACUGGCACUACAUCAGCUUUGGCCUGAGCGAUCUCUAUGGUGACAGCAGAGUCCAUGAGUUUACAGGAACAGACGGACCAAGCGGUUUUGGCUUUGAGUUGACAUUUCGUCUGAAGAGAGAAACUGGAGAGUCUGCCCCACCAACAUGGCCAGCGGAGCUGAUGCAGGGCCUGGCUCGAUAUGUCUUCCAGUCAGAGAACACCUUCUGUAGCGGGGACCACGUGUCUUGGCACAGCCCUUUGGAUAACAGUGAGUCAAGAAUUCAGCACAUGCUGCUGACAGAGGACCCACAGAUGCAACCUGUGCAGACCCCGUUUGGGGUGGUCACCUUCCUCCAGAUCGUCGGUGUCUGCACUGAGGAGCUGCACUCGGCCCAGCAGUGGAAUGGUCAGGGCAUCCUGGAACUGCUGAGAACAGUGCCUGUAGCCGGCGGUCCCUGGCUGAUUACUGACAUGCGGAGGGGAGAAACCAUAUUUGAGAUAGAUCCACACCUGCAACAGGAGAGAGUUGACAAAGGCAUCGAGACAGAUGGUUCUAACCUGAGCGGUGUCAGUGCCAAGUGUGCGUGGGAUGACCUCAGCCGACCUCCCGAGGACGAUGAGGAUAGCCGUAGCAUCUGCGUCGGCACGCAGCCCCGGAGGCUCUCUGGCAAAGACACAGAGCAGAUCCGGGAGACCCUGAGGCGAGGACUCGAGAUCAACAGCAAACCUGUCCUUCCACCAAUCAACCCUCAGCGACAGAAUGGCCUCACCCAUGACCGGCCCCCGAGCCGCAAAGACAGCCUGGAAAGUGACAGCUCCACAGCCAUUAUCCCCCACGAACUGAUCCGCACUCGGCAACUCGAGAGCGUACAUCUGAAAUUUAACCAGGAGUCGGGCGCCCUCAUUCCUCUCUGUCUCAGGGGCAGACUCCUGCAUGGACGGCACUUCACCUACAAGAGUAUCACAGGUGACAUGGCCAUCACGUUUGUGUCUACGGGAGUGGAAGGCGCCUUUGCCACAGAAGAGCACCCCUAUGCAGCUCACGGACCAUGGCUACAAAUUCUGUUGACGGAAGAGUUUGUAGAGAAAAUGUUGGAGGACUUGGAAGAGCUGACUUCUCCAGAGGAAUUUAAACUUCCCAAAGAGUACAGCUGGCCUGAAAAGAAGCUCAAAGUCUCCAUCCUCCCUGACGUGGUGUUCGACAGUCCACUGCACUAGCCUGGGCUAGGCCCUGCAGGGGCCACGAGGGGCUCAGCGGCUCCCAGUGACUUCAGUGUGACAGCUGUGUAAAAGAGACCCCAUGAAUAAAAGGACAAGUGUGAGGAUGACUCCCGAGUGCUGCGCCCACCACAGGCCCCGCCUCACACCCAGGGGCCUCACACCCAGCUGCCAAACCCGUGACCAGGCCCCUGCCCGACAUGCCAGUGAGCAGGGAGGCUGCACCUCUAACCUCCCCGCCCGCCCGCCUGCUGCUGCCACAGGGUUCCCUGAUGAGCUCCGCUCCGGGAGAGACAUCGUUGCCAUACGGCCGGGUGUGCUGAGCACACGUGUGGAUGCAAUGGCCAGCUGGACCCCAGCAAGCCUCUGUGCAUCAGGCUGCUCCAGCCUGUGGGACGAUUGCUCCUGUCACCGAUGCUCCUUCCUUAGUAUGUUGUGGAAACCGGAUGGUAUUUUUAUUUCUCGGCAAAGAUGGUCCAGAAGCCAUGUAUAUAGUGGUUUUUAAACAGAACUUUAUUCCUAGAUGAACUUUAUUAUUCUCUUAGACAGAGGUCUGGGGGCUCUUCCUCCCCCACACCCUCUGCCCAAGAAGGUGCCUGGUGCUGCCUGUCAGCUCUGAGCCCUGGAGGGACCUGGGAUAGGGAACUCCUGACACUCUGCAUGCAGUCUUGGGUCCAGAUAUGCUGCGGCCUAGAAGGGGUGUUACUGCCUUCCAAAUGAAACAGGUUUCUACCAGGCUGUGGGGACUUUAGGAACUCAAGGACAUGGUGGUCCUAACUAUGUCUUCCAGUCCUUUUCUACCCAGCCAGGCCUGCCAAGGAGAGUAAAGCCACGCCUCCGUCCGCAUCCUGCUCCUCAGGACUCCGGCUCUUUGAUUCCCCUGUCCCCUGGAUUCCUCUCACUCUAAUUCUGCUGACAGUGCUGUCCGAGGCCUCCACCCUUCCCAUGGCAUUCUUGACUCACCUCUCAUCCUUGCCUUUCCCGUGUGGGCCAAGAGGUGCUCUGGCUUUGCCUCCAUUCCUAACCAUCUUGACCAGUGUUGUAGUAGUUCCCCCUCCCCCAUCCUCCCUGGAGACCUGCCUAAGGGCCCCGUGCUGCAUUCUGUCUACCUCCAUUUGCCUGGCUUGGGGGCAAGAAUGCAUGCUAUGAGCUGGUUUAGUCCUUAGUCUGUGAGACUACUGCUCAACCACUUGGCCUGGGCCUGCAAGGUCUUUGCAGACUGAGGAUAACCACCACCUGUUGGUGGCCCCAUUCUUGGGGAGCAGGAAAUGACAGGCAAGCUACAAAUGAGAUGUUGACAGGGCCUGAGGUCUCUCGUGCCCCCCAUCCAGCCAGGAACCUCGGGAACGUCUAAAAUCCUGCUGGGACCAGGCCCCCAUCAUUCCUUAGCGCAGUGGCUCUCAGCCUGCGAGGACCAGGCCUCAUUUCCCAUGAAUGGGCUCAGGUUUCUUCCAGAGGGAUAUCAGGGAACAGGUUUACCAUUAGCCUGCUGCCUGGGAAGGAGGGACCCUAACAUCGGAUGGAGCAAGACUUACCUCAUCAUGUCACAUGAUGGGUAAGCUGUACAGGGGCCCUUUCUUUCCCUCCCUGCAGCCCCAUGGGGCUGUUAGCCCAUCCUGGGGAGGGGUUCAAGACUGCGUGUCCCUUCUCCCCUACCCCCUUCUACAGACUUCCUCCAGGCUGUCCUUGUCCUUUGACCUUCCAGGUCCUCAGGACCAGAGCUUCUGAAAGGAAGGGCCUCUGCCCUCCUGUUGACUAAAGCUUUCCCGGCCUGUGUGGGCCGCAGAGGUGGCCAUGCUGAGGAGCGGUGUCCUCUUCCAAGUGAGACAUGCUGCAACAGGGCCUGUGGAGGCCUUGGGGAGCCCGAAGGGGCCAAGACAUCUUCCUUCAGACCCUGGGUCCUGGGACUGAGUUUUGAGAUGGAGUUGAGAGCAGGGAGAGGCCCUGAAGUUUGUACCCCUAUGGGGUGGACCAGCCGAUUACUCCCUGAGCUGUAUUUUUUUAACUUGGUCUUCCCUCUCUGGCUUCCAUGAUCUCGGUGUCAGGUGAGGUGUCAGGGUCCCUGUUACAAGUCAGGAGCCCUGUAGGGAGACCCCUUCGUUUGUACAAAAAUCUGAAUGCUGCAAUGAGCAGACUUUUGUACAUUUUUAUAUUAGUUUUUAAUGUCAGUGGCGACUCAGUUCCUGGGGCUACAGCUGGCUCAGGACUUUUGUAAGAAAUUUUGAGUGACUCACUUAGAUUUUGUUCCCACUUGCCCCUCUUCCUCUGUGUAAUCUAAGUGCAUUAAACAUAUCUGCA